GCCCGGUUACCCCACGAAUCUACACUACAGACGCGCACACAAACGAGCAGGAGCAGGAGCAGGAGGAGAGAAGGGGAAGAGUAGAGAAAAAUAAUGAGCGGCAGCAAGGUUCUAGCUCAAAAUAUUUGAAGAUCUUUAUUGGUAAUUUCCAGUUAUGUCCCUUCCUUUUAUACGAGAUUCUUCAAGGUGAUGGCGGAUGUCAACUCAUCGUUCUCUGGAGGUGCCCAGUUGCAGCCAAGUACUAGCAUGAAUACUGAUUCAUUCAUGCGUGUUCCUGCCUCCCCAAUAUCAUUUCCAUCAAAUAACAUCUAUGGCUCUUCAGUCAUUGAUGGCUCAAUCGUGCAGCAAACUCUGCCCCAAGAGCAGGUGCAAAAGCGGAGGUCUUCUAGUGUAACAUCACAUCCUAUGAUUGAGGCUGGUGGUGCAUUGCAUGCUCAGAAGAAAUCAAGGAUUGAUGUUAGGCAAGAUGAUAUUAUGCAACAUCAGCUGAUUCAGCAACUGCUCCAUGGUCAGAGUUCUCUUCAUUUUCAGGGACAACAGGACCCACAACUUCAAGCUUUGAUCCAGCACAAACUGGCACAGAUUCAGCAACGACAGCAGCAGCAGUUGUUGCAACCAUUUUCUCAGAUACAGCAAUCUCAAAUUGGCACCCCUCGUCAGCCUCAGCUUAGGCCACCAUUAGCACAGUCCGGAAUGCAGCUAGCUGGACCUAUCAGGACUCCUGUCGAGAAUGGGCUUUGUUCCCGCAGGCUAAUGCAGUAUUUGUAUCACAAGCGUCAUCGUCCAGAGAAUAAUCCCAUAACAUACUGGAGGAAGCUUGUUGAGGAAUAUUUUGCACCACGAGCAAGAGAAAGAUGGUGUGUCUCUUCUUAUGAAAAGAGAGGAAAUUCUUCAGUUUCUACCCCACAGACAGCUCUGGAUACAUGGCGUUGUGACAUUUGCAAUACGCAUGGGGGGAAAGGAUAUGAGGCUACCUAUGAAGUCCUUCCUAGACUCUGUCAAAUUAGAUUUGACCAUGGUGUUAUAGAUGAAUACCUAUUCCUCGACAUGCCCAAUGAAUUCCGGUUGCCUAAUGGACUAAUGCUGCUGGAACAUACAAAAGUUGUUCAAAAGAGUGUCUAUGAACAUCUACAUGUUACACACGAGGGGCAUUUGAGAAUCAAAUUCACACCAGAAUUAAAGAUCAUGUCCUGGGAGUUCUGUUCGCGACGACAUGAAGAGUAUAUCGCUCGCAGGGUUCUAGCACCACAGGUGAAUAAUUUGCUGCAAGUUGCACAGAAAUACCAAGCUGCCGCCACCGAAAGUGGUCCUGCUGGGGUGUCAAACAAUGAUGCACAAACAGUUUGCAACAUGUUUGUGACUGCAUCACGGCAACUAGCGAAAAAUCUGGAGCACCACACCUUAAAUGAACAUGGACUUUCGAAACGAUAUGUUCGCUGCCUGCAGAUAUCGGAGGUGGUGAAUCACAUGAAGGACUUGAUUGAGUUCACCAGCAAGAACAAUCUUGGUCCUCUUGAGGGCUUGAAUAAUUUUUCCAAACCAACUGUACCGAAGCUUCCAGUACAGAAUAUGCAUGAGGCAAAACAACUCAUGGUUGCUGUUGGCCUUCCCAAUGAGCAGAGCACCACCAAAGCCACGGGUGUCAAACAAGAAAUAAGUGCCCAUGUGGACAAUGGAACUCCUGGUGUUGGAGCCACGGCCACCGGCAGUGAUACUGCACAAAAUGCUGCAGCACUAAACAGUUACCAGAAUAUACUCAGGUGCUCCAGUGCAAAUCAGAGUGUGCUUCAGCAGGAGGCAUCCAGUGUCUUUAAAGGUCCUGCAGCAAUGCACAAUGGCCUACAGCUGGAAGCAUCUAGAUCCUUCCGUGGACCUAACCAAGUGCAGCUUGCACAAUUCCAACAUACUGCGUCAUUUCAGCAUCCAAUGCCCCAGGAAAACAACCUCCAGGGCUUGGGUGUGCAAAACAAUAUCCAGGGCUUGAGUGCGAGCCCACAAUACCAGCAGCAUGUGAUUCAUCAGCUGCUGCAAGAAGUUAAGAACAAUAACAAUCGCGCUUUGGUGCAGCAACCACCUCCGGAUACCCCUAAUGUAAAUAGUCGUGUCGCAUCAGGUGUUGCUAACACCAACAGUGCUGCUACUGGGGAGCAGGCGCAGGCAUAUCAUAUCAAUAACGGCCCGGUGAAGGGUGCAGCUACAGUUGGCACCGGUCCUAGCAAUGUGAUCAACAGUACAGCCAGCUUCGUCCCCAGCAGAAGCAACAGUUUCAAGUCGGUAAGCAGCAAUCCAGCCGCUGCUACUGGAGGCAACGCCGCAACUUCUAAAGCCGAGUCCUUCCACAAAAUGGAUGACCUCGACCCUGUCAUUACUAAUGAACUGGUGGAAAGUGGGCUGUUCAUGGGGGACCAGGGCGGUAACGGAUUCUCAUGGAACAUGUGACAAUUUAUAAAUGUCUCACUGCUCUCCGAGUUCACUCUAAGUGUGAAGCAAUAGCCUGCUUGGCUGUUAGUGUGGAAACUGGCAAGUGGUGAUGGAAGUAUGGAAACUGGCAAGUGGUUAUGGAAGUGUGGAAACUAGCAAGUGGUGAUGGAAAGUUGCCCUAGAUUCUAGUUUUUCUUUCUUUUCCUUCUUUUUUUUGGAGUUUUUGUAUUGUCGGUUUGGAUUGUUUCUGAUGAUCAUACACUGAUGUAACUUCAGAUGUGUGAGAUAAUGAGUUGGAUUUGGCCUGGAUAUUUGGGAGCAAUGGAACCUAAGUUAUCAGAA